AGCGCUGACUCCCGCAAGACGCUCUUACUCGCGCUUAGUCCUAAAAAUUGGCAAGUUAAACAUGAUGAUCAGUUCCUAAAACCAAAUCGCCUUUGUACCUACGGAACUAUCUUGUUAUUACUAGAAAGUUAUAAAAAAUCAUUCCAGGAAUAAAUUCCUUCGAACGGAGAGUAUAUUUUACAUCAGUAAUUGCGUGACAGUGGGACACGCGACAACCUGUUGAACUCCUAAUUACCUUGUUGCUUAGCAACAGCGUCUAAGGUCAGCUGGAGGCCACAGACAUUCAGAAACAAUCAUAAAAUGGUGGAAGAGACGAGCGUCUUGUCUUGGAGAGGUUCCGACAAAUACUACAACCCGUACAUUGGCCGUGGCGAGGUACUUUUCACAGGUCCUGAUGGCAUCAGAGACCACGACACAACAGUCCUCGAUCCCAAUACUUAUGUGGGAAUAGGAACGAUGUCUCCCGAGGGAACUAGUGAUCUGAACUAUCUAUGGAGACCCUCCAAGGGCUGUACCCAUCCUCUGCCCAAGUCUGCUAAGGUUGGAGAAAUUGGGUGGGGUCUACAGUUUUACAAAGACCGUCACCAUUUGAGAAGUGGUCACCAAAUCAAGCAUGGUGAAUUUAGACAAGCUACAGAGGACAGACAUACUCACCUUUAUCAAAAUCCUUGGUAUGCAGGACCAAAUGAUAAACAACCAGAUGAAGCUGGUCAAGACUUCAAAGCUAGAUGGCAGAGAAAGACCUCUAAAGACAGCAAAAAAGAGAGAGAGAAAGAAGGAAAACAUGUCAGGAUGUUUGGAAAUAUAGGCAUCAAAAAGCAACAGUGUGACUGUUUUUGAGCAUUGCAUUUCUUUUUCUUGAGACAAAUUGUGUAUGUCCUAGUGCAAUCUUGUGUUGUCAACACAUGCACAAAGACAAAUUCAAGAAAAAAAGAUUUGACAGUUCAAAAUGAAGAAAUUGAUUUUGAGCUGUAAGAGGAUGUUUGAUAUUUUAUAAAUUUGGAUAAAAAUAACAAAGUGAAAUAUUUAACAAUUAAUUUAUUUUGCAUUUGAACCU